CGACUACUCUCCAUCUUUCCCCAUCAUCCCCCCAUCUUCCCCCAUCUUCCCCCAUCUUCCUCCCAUCUUCCCCUCAUCUUACUAGGCAGCCUAAUCGAGUCAACUAAAGUGGCGGGGAACAAUACUAGCAUCCACGACUUCAGGAGGUCAUGUGGGGCGAAAAGGGGCCAAAACUCGGGCUAACUAAACUCAGGCCAUAAGGGUCCACCUCGAUGCUGAUUCGCUCUAUGUCGGAGCGAGAUGGGUACAGCACCCUAAUUAUUGUCUCCAUCGUGAAACAGAACGGGCUUUUCGCCGUGCAUGUCUUUGGGGAUUGAAGAUAAAAGGCUGCCCUGGUCUCUUUCAGUCAUCGGCAUCUUAAAUUAAAUCCCUCUCUGAACAUCGACACGUUUUUGAAGUUUCAUACCACAUUACAUGUUGCCAAUAUGACUGUCACUCAACAUCCAUGGUGGAAGGACACAACCAUCUAUCAGAUCUACCCUGCCUCUUUUAAGGACUCCAACGGCGAUGGCGUCGGUGAUAUUCCUGGCAUUAUUUCACAACUCGACUACAUCGAAGACUUGGGUGUAGGCGCCAUAUGGGUGUCCCCAAUGUACGACAGCCCUCAGGUCGACAUGGGAUAUGACAUCUCUGAUUAUGAGAGUGUUUACCCGCCAUAUGGUACCGUUGCCGACAUGGAGAAGCUCAUCCAGGAUUGCCAUUCCCGCGGUAUCCGUGUCCUACUUGACCUUGUCGUCAACCACACUUCUGACCAGCACAAAUGGUUUAAGGAGUCGCGAUCUUCAAAGGAUCAUCCAAAGCGAGACUGGUAUAUUUGGCGUCCAGCCAAGUACGAUGAGCAAGGCAAUCGCCACCCCCCAAACAACUGGCGCGGCAACUUUGGCGGAAGCGUGUGGGAAUGGGACGAUGCCACCCAAGAAUACUAUCUUCACCUAUUUUGCACAGAGCAGCCUGACCUAAACUGGGAGAACGCAGAGACUCGCGCUGCCAUCUACGAGUCCGCCAUGGAGUUUUGGCUGCGUAAGGGAGUCGAUGGAUUCCGCGUCGACACCGUGAAUAUGUACAGCAAAGACCCUGAGUACAGGGAUGCCCCCGUCAUAGACGUGGGGGAGAAGUGGCAGUUUGCAGCCAGCCUGUACUGCAAUGGCCCGAGGAUGCAUGAGUAUCUCUCUGAGAUGAACACCGUGCUGGAGAAGUACGGAGCCAUGACUGUUGGUGAGCUUCCGCACACUCACGACAAGGGCCAUGUCGUUCGUUACGUAUCUGCCAAAGCCAAGCAACUGAGCAUGACUUUUAUGUUCGACGUCGUUGAUGUUGGUUUUGGAGCAGACCAAAAAUUCGACACCACUCCAAGGAGGUGGGAACUCCCCAUGCUCAAGCAUGCGAUUGAGACAACGCAAGAUCUGAUCGAGGGAACUGAUGCAUGGACUACCUCUUUCCUUGAAAAUCACGACCAGGCUAGGUCUAUCUCUCGCUUUGGCUCAGACAAGACUCCUGAGGGUCGUGAAAAGAGCGGCAAGAUGCUUUCUAUGCUUGUCGCCAGCUUGUCCGGUACCCUCUUUGUCUACCAAGGUCAAGAGAUCGGUAUGACCAACGUUCCCGAGAGCUGGCCGAUAGAGGAAUACAAGGAUGUCGACAGUAACAACUAUUAUAACUUUGUCAAAGCAAAGACCAACGCUGAUCCUGCUGCUCUCGCUCGCACAAAGGCCGCAAUCCAACACCUUGCCAGAGACCACGCUCGCACUCCGAUACAGUGGGAUGGUUCGAAAAACGGCGGUUUCUCCACCAACAAGCCUUGGAUGCGGGUAAACGACAACUACCCAGAAGUGAACGUCAGGCGAGAGGCUCAGGACAAAAACUCUAUUCUUUCCUUCUGGAAACAGAUGCUCCGACUGAGAAAGGAGCAAUCCAAUACUUUUGUUCAUGGCAUCUUUACCGUCCUUGACAAGGAGAACAACAGCACCUUUGUCUUCGAGAAGAAGGGUACAAACGGCAAGGCAAUUGUCGCGUUGAACUUCACAGAAACUGAUCAGUCACUCGCCCUGCCUUCAGACUCUACGUUGAAGCGUUUGACUGGGAACUACGAUGAUGAAGUUAGUGGUACUCUAAGGCCGUUCGAGGGUAGGAUCUAUCUAACGCAAUGAUUUAAAUAUGCUUUUUACGACUGGUUAUGGGAUAGACUGGCGCAUUUAGACUUUACAUAUAUUAUUAAAUUAUAUUAGCAAAUUUCCGAAGAAGAC